AUGCGUAUCCACGAGAGCGGAAGUGACCGCAGCCCCGACACACCUAACACAUCCAGCACGCCCACCAUACCUAACCCCGCCCACACUCCACCACCCAGCGCGCCCACCGCCACCGGCUCCAUCACGCUCAGCACAUCUUGCACACCCACCAUGCUCAGCUCAGCCCACACCCCGUCGCCCAGCGUGCCCAACACCACCAGCUCCACUAUAACCAUCACCGAGCCGGAUACUGAAACCGCCGUCUCCUCAUGUCCACACCGUCCCAGUACAUUCACCUCACACUUCGACCUGGUGGGUCACUUAGGAAUUCAUCGCAAAGCGACUGGCGAACCAGUGCCUGGAGCACCAACCUACACUCGCCUCAUCCGCCUCCACUUUCCACAUACGCAUCCACGAAAACCUGCGGUAGGCAACCGCUGGAUGCAUCACACCAUCACAUCCUCCCUUACCAGCAUCUCACCUCACAUCAACAUUACCCAUCGCAAGCACCCAAUCGCCACCUCCCACGCAAGUGGGAAAUGUGCGUCUCGGUUCCUUCUCCAUGCGGCUUCCCUGCUGCAUGUGUGAUCAGAAUCUGAGACGAAGACGGUGCGUCGAGCGCCGUAGUUCGGAAGGCAGCCGACUGACGCCCCAACUCAGUCCACGCAGUUUGCCCAGUUGAGUGUGUUGUGUGGGCUGAGAGCCAGGCUUUCACGGCUCCUUCUCAAACAAUCUCUGACAUGCAGGGCCACGUGUCACCCUUCUAGGUCAAAAGGUCUGAAGGCGUGUGCUAUGCCAGUAUUAGCAAACCAUGGCCCUCGCAGCCUGAUGGCGCUGGCAGUGCCCUGACACCUGGUUCCCUGCCGGUAGAUGCGCCUCCGCUCUCGCUGGGUAUACAGGUGGUGGGCAUGGCUGCCCAGUCAUCCUCGCCCUCCUGA